UUGUCUCUCCCUCCCUAUCGCCUCUCCCACCUCGCCCUCGUUUCGUCGCCAUUCCCCAAAAUCAGCUGCGCCCGGAGCUCGCCUGCCUCCGCCGAGCCGGAGAAAUCCUCGCAGCUGCCACUCCGGAGCCGUGUCCCGCCGCCGCCGACGGCCGCGGCGGGUAGUCGGCGUCCACGGCGCGCUCCUCGCCACCACCGCCGCCAUAAGAUCUGAGCUAGCUCCUGCUGCUGCUGUUGCUGUACAGGUCUGGGGGUUAGGGCUCCGGUUCGGCGGGUGCUGAGUCGGCGUCCAUGGCGGGCCCCAAGUUCGGGUCGUUCAAGUCGGAGAGCAAGGGGGACCCCGCCGCGGCGGCCGGCGCGGCGGCGCAGAGGAGGGACCCGUACGAGGUGCUCGGGGUGGGCCGCAAUGCCACCGAGCAGGAGAUUAAGAGCGCCUUCCGCCGCAUGGCCCUCAAGUACCAUCCAGACAAGAACGCAGACGACCCUGUGGCCUCAGACAAGUUCCAGGAAGCCACAUUCUCCUACAACAUCCUGUCAGAUCCAGAUAAAAGGAGGCCAUCGAAGCAGAUAGUCAUGAAUUGGAGCUGGACCUGUCGAGUCUCAACACUGUAAAUACGAUGUUUGCAGCUCUUUUUAGCAAGCUAGGGGUACCAAUUAAGACCACAGUUUCAGCAACAGUUUUAGAGGAGGCAUUGAAUGGGUCGGUGGAGAUUUCUCAGCUUCAUCUGGGCAAAUCUGUGUGCAAGAAGGUGGAGAAACAGACAGCUCAUUUUUAUUCAGUCGACAUAACAGAGGAAGAAGCCAAAUUGGGGUUGGUGUGUAGAGUUCGCUCGACUUCUAAAAGUAAAUUCAAGUUGCUCUAUUUUGAACCGGAAGAAAACGGUGGGUUAAGCCUUGCUUUACAGGUUGACUCUUUUGCUAUUGCUCGGGAUAGUGAAAUGCAUGAAGCUAAUCGAAGGAUAUUGUCAGUAAUUCUGCGACAGAUCGAUGGAUUCGAGCAGGAUAGACGUGUGGUUGUUAUUGCUGCAACAAAUAGAAAGGAAGACCUUGAUCCCACCCUCAUCAGCCGUUUUGAUUCAAUAAUUUGUUUUGGCUUACCGGACCAGCAAAGCCGUGCGGAAAUAGCAGCCCAAUAUGCAAAUCACCUGACGAAAUCUGAGUUAGUUCAGUUUUCCCUUGUCACUGAAGAGAUGGCAGGCAGAAAGACAUUGGGCAUCGAAGGUAUGUUUAUCAGGGGACGAAUUCCGAAAGACGAGAAGGGGGAUCCCCCUCUUUCUCCAGUUGACGAGUAUGUUGUAUGCGCCGAACAGCGAAGGAAGUCAUUGCCGGAUAGAACAAAACCGACAUUCAAAUCGAGUCCUCUGAAAUUAGCUUGAAGAGCCUAUCUCUUUUAUACGUUAGGGAUGCAGCAUCAAAUGUAGGAUAUGUGAAUAGUUAAACUAGUUUUUCAUGUUGUAGUUAACCUACAAGUCUGGGUUCAGAAAACGUUGUUUGAGGGAUAUUCUUUUUUUGUCUUCAGAUGUUGAGUGGGACAUUCUAUGAAGGAGGUCUGCAUUUUUUUUUA